AUGCCUCAAACAACCUCUCGUGCAGAAGAAGGCUAUACUUCUGGCUUUUUCCCCGCCAUGGAUUCAGCAGCUGAUGAGGACGACACAGACCGCACAGAUGGCGCUGAGCUUUUAGCAAGGAUGGCCGAUGAGAGUCCACCUGCAGAGUACCUUGAUCUUGGCUUGUCUGAAAUAAUGCGGCGGGGUGUGACUGAAUACGAGCGGGAGGUCGUCGGUCCUACAGUGGAGAUGGAGCAGUCAAUGCCACAUCGCCCUCGACCCCGAGUAUUGUCUGCGAGCUGGAACCCAGACGACAGUGCAGGCCCAUUAAUUGACCCCCCUCCGGAACCAGAUGUGCGUAUGGAAGAUGAUCCAGGUGAAGCUCCAGAUGAACCGGAAGAACAAGACCCAGCGGAACCACCUCACUGGCGUGAUGACUAUGCGGACCCCCCUCCAUUUGCUGCUCACCCAUCACGAUUCCGUUUUGAUUUUCUCUGGGAUACAGGGUCCCAAAUCAUGACCCUCUAUCAGGACGACCUUGCCUCAAUGAUGUCCGUUGACGGGCUUGGCUAUGUCACCUGGCCCUGGCCUCAGGUGAUGGGCUACGUGGUUUUGAGAAAUUCUGACGGUCAAUUAACAGUUCGACUUUGUAUCAUGCUGACUGUGAAUAUGCGUGAUAACACCGCCCUCUAUGAGGAAAACGCUCCUGAACUGGGGUUUGAGGAUUCGUUAAUGUUAGAUGCUGGGUGGCUUCCAGUUCCCUGUGCAAUCAUUGAAGGUAAUAUCUGGCACAAUACAGGAUAUCUUCCCCGGCUGAGUGGGCCAUGGCCCCGCCAUAUGCUCAAUGUGUAUAGUGAAGCAAGUAAUACAGGGAAAAUGUGGUUGGAAGCGAAUCCAAUUUUCGACCCCCAGACUUUGCAGGGUCCUUCUCUUCAUCCACCCAUAAGGUACACUGCUGAAUAUGGGUUAUUUGGACCACGGAGAGGACCAACCACAUCCUCACAUAUUGGAUGGGAACCACAAACCGCACCUCCUGCAGAAGGGGGCUGGCAUACACAGCUUGAAGCUGGUGUAAACUUCACUCGUAUGGCAAUGAUGAGACGCAUGGGGAAUCUUGGAAUUCCAUAUAAUAGGCUUGUAGAGCCUCACCCACCACUUCCUUUGACUGAUGAAGACCCAGAAGCGGAACAGGGACCUGCAUCACCUGCCGGCGGUCAAGCAGGGCCCCCAGGUCCAGCGCCAGGUCCAGCACCAGUUGGAUUACCAGUGCCAAUACCCGGUCCACCAGCUGCAGACAUCGCACCCGAGGGAGAUACAGAAGCGGAGGCAUUUGAAGGUCAAGGUGCUCAGGGAGGACAAGCUUUACGAGGCCCUCGAGGAGAACCAGGUCCUUCAGGACCCCGCGGACCCCGAGGACGUCGAGGCGAGAUGGGAGAUUUAGGUCCACCGGGACUUAGAGGAAUAGAAGGGCCACCGGGGCCACAAGGUCCGUUAGGUCUAGAUGGACCGCGCGGGCCGCAAGGAUACCCAGGGCCAGAAGGAGUGCGAGGAUGGCCAGGCCAUGAUGGAGCACAGGGCCCGCCAGGUGAAGAGGGAGCACGAGGCCCGCCGGGCGAAGAUGGAGCUGAAGGACCGCCAGGUGAAGAGGGAGCACGCGGCCCGCCAGGUGAACAGGGUAUACCAGGUCCAGUGAAUAUACCACCACCAGUUGGCGGUCCUGCGGCACGUUGUCUCAGAUGCCGUCUUCUCAACAGGCAAUUUUGUUGGCACUUCUAUAGUCGAAGUCGUCGCUAG